AUGGCAGCAAUUGUGGAGGGGGGCGAGGGCAGCUGUGCGGUGCGUGUGAAGGCGGUGGGGGGGUGCAGGGGGGGGGAGGAGGAGGAGGAGGGCGAGGAGGGCUGCCCCCUGACGCUCACGCUGCCCAAGCUCACGCUGGCACUUCCCCCUCAGCUGGCGCAGCUGCAGCGCGGCCUCAAGGAGCUGCAGAGCCUCCGCACCGCCGUCACCAGCCUGCAGCGCUGCUGCCCUGAGGGGGGGGGGCACCGGGGGGGGCAGCACCAGGCCCAGCACGACCAGCCGAGGGACACAGCCCAGCAGCACCCCGAGGACACGCCCCCGCGCGGAGACACGCCCCAGACGGGCGCGGCCCAGACGGCGGCGGGAGACGCGGCGACGCUAACGCUGGCGGAGAUGCAGCAGAAGCUGGGCCGCGUGACGGCGAGUCUGCGGAACGCCCGCGUGCAGAUCGGAGUGCUGCAGGGGCAGGUGGGGCAGCUGAGUGAGCAGAGCGGCCGCUUCAUGGAGGCCAACAGCCCCCGCAACUGCUCCACACACUGCCCCGCACACAGCGCCCCCCAGUUCAUGGUGGCGCCGCGGGACUGUUCCGAGUACGGCUCGCUGGGUCAGCGUGCGGACGGCGUGUACCGGGUGACCCCUGACCCGCGUAACGGCACGUUCCCGGUGUGGUGCGACAUGGAGUCGUACGGCGGGGGCUGGACGGUGGUCCAGCGGCGGCUCGACGGCAGCGUGAGCUUCAACCGCACGUGGGCCGAGUACAAGCGCGGCUUCGGCGACCCGCGCGGCGACUUCUGGAUCGGCAACGACCGGCUGCACCUGCUGACCAAGGCCAAGGACACGGCGCUGCGCGUGGAGCUGGAGGACGUGGACGGCGUGCGCGAGUACGCCAAGUACGAGCGCUUCUACGUGGCCAACGAGCUGCUGCGCUACCGCCUCUCCGUCAGCGGCUACUCCGGGUCCGCGGGCGACGCGCUGCACUUCGGCAAGCACUUCAACCACGACCAGAAGUUCUUCAGCACGCCGGACCGCGACAACGACAUGUACCCGUCGGGCAGCUGCGCCGCCUACUACGGCUCCGGCUGGUGGUUCGACGCCUGCAUGGCCGCCAACCUCAACGGCAAGUACUACCGGCAGCGCUACAAGGGCGUGCGCAACGGCAUCUACUGGGGCACCUGGGCCAACCUCACCCGCGAGCACUACCCCACCAACUACCGCCAGGCCUUCAGGAGCGUCAAGAUGAUGAUCCGCCCCAAGAACUACGCCCCCUAGAGUACUACCCCACCAACUACCGGCCCCUAGAGUACUACCCCACCAACUACCGCCAGGCCUUCAGGAGCGUCAAGAUGAUGAUCCGCCCCAAGAACUACGCCCCCUAGAGCAUUACCCCACCAACUACCGCCCCCUAGAGCACUACCCCACCCACUACCGCCAGGCCUUCAGGAGCGUCAAGAUGAUGAUCCGCCCCAAGAACUACGCCCCCUAGAGUACUACCCCACCAACUACCGGCAGGCCUUCAAGAACUACGCCCCCUAGAGCACUACCCCACCAACUACCGGCAGGCCUUCAGGAGCGUCAAGAUGAUGAUCCGCCCCAAGAACUACGCCCCCUAGAGUACUACCCCACCAACUACCGGCAGGCCUUCAAGAACUACGCCCCCUAGAGUACUACCCCACCCACUACCGCCCCCUAGAGCACUACCCCACCCACUACCGGCAGGCCUUUAAGAGCGUCAAGAUGAUGAUCCGCCCCAAGAACUACGCCCCCUAGAGGAAUACCCCACCCACUACCGCCCCCUAGAGGAAUACCCCACAAGAACUACGCCCCCUAGAGUACUACCCCACCAACUACCGGCAGGCCUUUAAGAGCGUCAAGAUGAUGAUCCGCCCCAAGAACUACGCCCCCUAGAGGAAUACCCCACCCACUACCGCCCCCUAGAGGAAUACCCCACAAGAACUACGCCCCCUAGAGGAAUACCCCACCCACUACCGCCCCCUAGAGGAAUACCCCACAAGAACUACGCCCCCUAGAGGAAUACCCCACCCACUACCGGCAGGCCUGCAAGAACUAUGCCCCAUGCUCCGCCUCUCAGCUUUCGGCACCUUCAUCCUGAUGAGUUCAGCACACACAUACACACACACACACACACACACACACACACACACACCUGAUCAGUUCAACACACACACCUGAUGAGUUCAGUUCAACACACACACACUUGAGUGCACCUGACACACCUGAGUAUAUAGCCCACUCACGGCACAUAAACCACAGCUGAAGGCAGGGCAGUACUGAGCUCCUGAGU